AUGAGAAAAGUCACGGAGGAAUUAUCUGAAAGAGGCUCGCCUCAAGCGGCGACCGCUCUAUUACCAGAAGAUGAAGACCUGCUACGACGAAGCACGAAGAAAACAAAGAGAGGUCGAGAUUCGUCGAAACAGCCAUCGACAUCUCCGAUUGACGGGAUUAUCCAAGAAACACCUAUGUCAGCCGGCCUUAAGUCAUCGGAUUCCACUCAAUGGCGAACCCCAAUUGAAACCCCCAAUAAUGCUUGGGGCAGAAAAGAGAACUACGAAUCUACAGAGCAAGAAGAAGUCUCGGACGAGGAAACAAUGGAGGAAGUCGAAUCAGACCCCAAUUGCCCUGUAAUUCCGGUAUCAAGAGAAGAAAAGGAACGCCUACGGAGGCCAUGGCGGAGAACCUUAAUUGUCAAAGUUCUUGGGCGCAAGGUCGGCUACUUAUUUUUGCGGCAGAGACUUCAACAGAUGUGGAAGACGGAAGCAAACUUCGAACUCAUUGCGAUAGAUCAAGACUAUUUCUUGGCAAGAUUUGAAUCACUUCGCGACUAUGAGUUCGCCAAAUACGACGGACCUUGGAUUAUCUUGGGGCAUUACCUGACGGUUCAAGAAUGGGAGCCAAAUUUUUUCCCUCAGAAAAACAAAUUGAAUAAGCUUCUAGUUUGGGUAAGAUUUCCGGCUCUUCCUAUUGAAUAUUUCGAAGAAGAAUUCUUGACAAAAAUAGGAAAAAACAUAGGCCGGCCAGUCAAGGUGGAUACCACUACCAGUUUAAUUUCUAUAGGCAGAUUCGCAAGAGUUUGCGUUGAAGUGGAUGUAACCAAACCUCUGUUGGCCAAAUUUACGGUGGGUGGCGAAGUUGUACCCAUAGAGUAUGAAGGAAUACAAAUGGUUUGCUUCAGUUGUGGUAUCUAUGGCCAUAAACAGGGCCAAUGUAGAGCAGAUGAACAUAAGAAAGGGGAGAACGUUGCAGGUCUAAAUUCUGAUCAAGAUCAGAACAGCAAUCCUCAAAAUAUGAAGGAACAUCCAGGAGUACAUCAAGUGAGUAAACCAACCAGAGAUCUAAGGCAAAACUUUGGUGAGUGGAUGCUCGUAGCAAGAAAGGAUAAGAGAGGCUUACGAAGGGGAGGUAAUCAAACUACUGAACCCCCUAACAAUAGUCGAAGCCAAGUUUCACUGGCAAAUACUGCCAGGGGAGGUUGUCAGUUAAACUCUCGGUUUGCCAUUCUGGAUGGGCUAGAUGAUAAUGAAGAAGUCCCAGCGGUUGUGACGACCAAUACAGUGGUAGACCAGACUGCACCGAAAUCCUUGCCAAACAUCAGAACGAAUUAG